AUGGGGAUGGACGGCGGCGGCAAGCUGCCGUACAGCUACGCCGCCCACCAGGACGGCGGCAAGCUGGUCAAGAGCUUCAGCCGCGUGGAGCCGCGCAAAUUCGGCCUCGCCCUCGUCGCGGGCUUCCUCCUCGUCACCUGCGCCUACUUCUCCACUGCCAAGUUCGACGCCAUCCACAUCGCCAUGAUCAGCCCCAUUUCCAGCAAUGCGGCUGGGAUCAGCUCGCUGGUGGGCGCCGCCACCGCCGACACCUCCAACUCCACGCAGCGAUUAGAUUUGGGCAAGCAUGACCCGGACGCGCUGUCCAUGUCCGAGGCGGGGAGCAACGCCGAGGUGCUCGACAAAGACGACGGCAAGGCUUCCUCUUCGGCGCCAGAUUCCGGACGCAAUGCGCCGCUGGAGGACACGAGGAGAGACGAGACUUUUGUGGGGGACAGCGGUGAUGCAUCUUCCGCGGCGGCGAAUCCUGCCGCAGCGGGUGGCAAGGGCGAGGCGGUUCCUGCCAAGGACGAUGACGCCUCCGCUGCCGGUCUUCUUCCCCCCGUGUCGUCAGAGGAAGCCGCGAACAGCACGCAAGAAUCAGGUGUUCUUGAGGACGAGGAGCUGAAGGUGCAGGAUGCUGUUGCCAAUCCUUCCAAGAGGAGCAACGCCUCCUCCUCCUCCUCCGCCGCCGCCGCCGCCGCCGCCGCCACCACAAGCAGCAGCAAUGGCAGCUCACCCUCUGUGGUUCACUCUGACCCUGCCAUCCUCCCUGCUCCCGCGCAGCAGAUUCCUCCUGCUAUGCAGGAUGUCAAGGCUCUUGCUGAGCAGCAUGUUCCAGCGGUUCCAGAGGUUAAGCAAGCAGAUUCGGAGGCGCCGGUGCGGGAGUGGAAGCCGCUGUGCGACAUCACCUCGAACCGCCGCAUCGACUGGUGCGAGCUCGACGGCGACGUGCGCGUGCUCGGCGCCAACGCCAGCGUCACGCUGGUGGCGCCGCCGGGCGCGGACGACCGCACCUUCCGCGCGGAGUCGUGGCGCAUCAAGCCGUACCCGCGCAAGGCUGACCCGAACGCGAUGCACGUCGUCCGCGUGGUGACUGUGCAGUCAGUGUCCGGCGAGGCGCCGGCGUGCACGGACCGAUACGACGUGCCGGCGCUGGUGUUCUCGGACCGCGGGUACACGGGCAACUACUUCCACGCGUUCACGGACGUGAUCCUGCCGCUGUUCCUGACGGCGCGGCAGUACUCCGGCGAGGUGCUGCUGCUGGUGACGGACCUCCGGGCGUGGUGGGUGGGCAAGUUCGAGCCGGUGUUCAAGGCCAUCUCCAACUACGAGCUGGUCGACCUGGACAAGGACCCGCGCGUGCACUGCUUCCGGCACGUCCAGGUGGGGCUCACCAGCCACGACGACUUCAGCAUCGACCCGCGCCGCGCGCCCAACGGCUACUCCAUGCUGGACUUCACCAAGUUCAUGCGCGCCACCUACGGGCUCCCGCGCGACGUGGCCGCCGCCGACCCGACGAAGCACCCGAGGCUGCUGCUGAUCGCGCGCGCGCGGACGCGGCGGUUCGUGAACACGGAGGAGAUCGUCCGCGGCGCCGAGAGGCUCGGGUUCGAGGUGGUGGUGUCGGAGGGGACGCACGAGGUGGCGCCCUUCGCGGAGCUGGCCAACAGCUGCGACGCCAUCAUGGGCGUGCACGGCGCCGGGCUCACCAACAUGGUGUUCGUGCCGACGGGCGGGGUGGUCAUCCAGGUGGUGCCGCUGGGCGGGCUGGAGUUCGUGGCGGGCUACUUCCGGGGCCCGUCCAGGGACAUGGGGCUGCGCUACCUCGAGUACCGGAUCACGCCGGAGGAGAGCACGCUGAUCGACCAGUACCCGCGCGACCACCCCAUCUUCACGGACCCCAACGGGAUCAAGAGCAAGGGCUGGGAGUCGCUCAAGGACGCCUACCUCGACAAGCAGGACGUGCGGCUGGACAUGAAGAGGUUCCGGCCCACGCUCAAGAAGGCCAUGGCGCACCUCAGGAAGGCCAAAGCCAAGGCCAACGGCGGCGGCAACAACUAA